AUGCAGGAGGGGCGGGGAGGCAAAGGGGCGGGCGGGACAGGGGCUGGGGCAUGGGGGUCCGAGAUUUGUUCUUCUGUCCCUUCCAAGACCCGGCCACAGGAGGCAUGAGGGGCCCCCGGCCGAGAUGACAGUGCUGGCGCCAGCCUGGAGCCCAACAACCUAUCUCCUGCUGCUGCUGCUGAGUUCGGGACUCAGUGAGACCCAGGACUGCUCCUUCCAACACAGCCCCAUCUCCUCCGACUUCGCUGUCAAAAUCCGCGAGCUGUCUGACUACCUGCUUCAAGAUUACCCGGUUACCGUGGCCUCCAACCUGCAGGACGAGGCGCUCUGCGGGGCCCUCUGGCGGCUGGUCCUGGCACAGCGCUGGAUGGAGCGGCUCAAGACUGUGGCUGGGUCCAAGAUGCAAGGCUUGCUGGAGCGCGUGAACACGGAGAUACACUUUGUCACCAAAUGUGCCUUUCAGCCCCCCCCCAGCUGUCUUCGCUUCGUCCAGACCAACAUCUCCCGCCUCCUGCAGGAGACCUCCGAGCAGCUGGUGGCUCUGAAGCCCUGGAUCACUCGCCAGAACUUCUCCCGGUGCCUGGAGCUGCAGUGUCAGCCUGGGUUCAAGCGAAUCUUCUGCCUCAGCCUUCCGAGUACCUGGGAUUAUAGACUUCUCAACCCUGCCACCCCCACGGAGUCCUGGGGCCCUGGAGGCCACAGCCCUGACAGCCCCGCAGCCCCCUCUGCUCCUCCUCCUGCUGCUGCUGCCCGUGGGCCUCCUGCUGCUGGCCGCUGCCUGGUGCCUGCACUGGCAGAGGACGCGGCGGAGGACACCCCGCUCUGGGGAGCAGGUGCCCCCUGUCCCCAGUCCCCAGGACCUGCUGCUUGUGGAGCACUGACCUGGCUGGGGCCUCAUCCUGCGGAUCCUAAACAACCCAGUGAGACAGACACGUCUAUCAUCCCAUUUUACAGGGGAGGACACUGAGGCACACAGAGGGGAGUCACCAGCCAGAGGAUGCAUAGCCGGCACACAGAGGAAGUGGGCUAGAGGCCGGUCCCUUCCUUGGGCCCAAUACCCCUCUCAUUCUGUCCCCAGGAUGGAGGCAACGCCAGAACCCAGCACCGGCCCCACUUAACCCAACUCUGUACAAAGCCCUUGUCCCCAUGAAAUUGUAUAUAAAUCAUCCUUUUCU